GAGGGGGAGGGGGUAAAGGGGGAAGUUUGGUUCGGCUCGCCGCUGCAGUGCAGCUCUUGCUGCGGCUGCCACUUGUUAAUGAUUUUUACAAGUUUACGACAGUUUUUAGACUGAAUAAUGUCUCGCUUGACAAACAACAGAGCCCUCCUUCACCCGACUGUCGUCUCAUUUUCUGUUUUGGAAGUUCAGAUCACAUAGAAAUAAUGUUGACAUCCUCUAGCAGAAACAAAUUGCUUCUUGGGGUGAUAAAUAGACCUGUUCGAUUUUUUGUUAUGUGCCUCUGUGCUUGCCUUAUAAUCUGUUGCUUCAUAGCUCUUACUCCCUUAUCUUCAGAGGGCUGUCAAUGUGACAACACUCACGAAUCGUUGUCAGCCAAGUCAGUCACCAGAGGAUCAGGGCAGCGCCUCAACUCUUUUGGGAAAAGUUUUCAUAGACUUGCUGUCCUUGUGCCUUUCCGAGACCGAUUUGAGGAACUUCUGAGGUUUGUUCCCCACAUGAAUAAAUUUUUGUCUCGUCAGAACAUCAAUUUUAAGAUAUACAUCCUUAAUCAAGCAGAUAACUUUCGAUUUAAUAGAGCAUCACUUAUCAAUGUGGGAUUUCUGAAGUCUCAAGAAGACAGUGAUUACAUGGCUAUGCAUGAUGUUGAUCUGUUGCCUAUAAACCAAGAGCUAUCCUAUAGGUACCCAAGCAAGCCAGGCCCCUACCAUGUUGCGUCUCCAGAGCUGCAUCCACGCUAUCAUUAUGCUACGUUUGUCGGUGGCAUUUUAUUAAUUAAAAGGGAGGAAUUUUUAAAGGUGGAUGGUAUGAGCAACAAAUAUUGGGGUUGGGGUCUUGAAGAUGAUGAAUUUUAUGUGAGGCUAAAAGAAGCUGGUCUUAAUGUAUCAAGGCCUCUCAAUAUUUCUACUGGAACGGAAAACACAUUUUUGCAUGUUCAUGACCGUGUGAGACGCAAGAGGGACAUGACCAAAUGUUUCAAUCAAAAAGAGGUUACACGAAGAAGGGAUAGAGAAACAGGCUUGCACAAUGUGGAGUUUUCCAUAGAAAAUGAACAUGAAAUUAAUAUUGAUGGGGCAUCUGCAAUUAUUUUAAAUAUCAAGCUAAAAUGUAACAGACAGCUCACUCCAUGGUGCUUAUGUGAUUCAGAGAAACCUGUCUUAAAACAACCAUCAGCUGAGCCUGUGCCUGUUAAAAAAGGGAAAGACUCAGGCAAACUUGAUAGUGUUAUUGUGCCAAAUGUCAAAAAGACUGUGAAAAGUAUUAAUAAUAACAAUAAAAGGUCUAGGAAAUAGUGAAA